UUCCCGCCGACGCUGCCCUCCAGGCCACCCGAUCCUCGAGCCGGCCAGAUCCACGGACCCGCGGAAGGGAAAGGGGACGGCCUCGGUCGGCGGGACGGCCGUCGGAAGGCGCCCUCCACGCCGAAGCCGUCUUCCAAACACCCCAACAUGGCCCGGGGCGGCAGUCAGCACUGGAGCUCCGGAGAGUCAGACGGGCGGCCGGAGGAGCAGACGACCGAGGAUACUGGAGACAAGAUGGUGAAGGAGACCCAGUACUAUGACAUCCUGGGGGUGAAGCCCAGCGCCUCCCCGGAGGAGAUCAAGAAGGCCUAUCGGAAGCUGGCGCUCAAGUACCACCCAGACAAGAACCCGGAUGAGGGCGAGAAGUUUAAGCUCAUAUCCCAGGCAUAUGAAGUGCUUUCAGAUCCAAAGAAAAGGGAGAUUUAUGACCAGGGUGGCGAACAGGCCAUUAAGGAAGGAGGCUCAGGCAGCCCCAGCUUCUCUUCCCCCAUGGACAUCUUUGACAUGUUCUUUGGUGGCGGAGGACGGAUGGCUCGAGAGAGAAGAGGCAAGAAUGUGGUACAUCAGUUGUCUGUAACUCUUGAAGAUUUAUAUAAUGGAGUCACAAAGAAAUUGGCUCUCCAGAAAAAUGUAAUUUGUGAGAAAUGUGAAGGCGUUGGUGGGAAGAAGGGGUCUGUGGAGAAGUGCCCGGUGUGCAAGGGGCGAGGGAUGCAGAUUCACAUCCAGCAAAUUGGGCCGGGCAUGGUGCAGCAGAUCCAGACCAUGUGCAUCGAGUGCAAGGGCCAGGGCGAGCGCAUCAACCCCAAGGACCGCUGCGAAAGCUGCAACGGUGCCAAGGUCAUCCGAGAGAAGAAGAUUAUCGAGGUACACGUGGAGAAAGGUAUGAAAGAUGGGCAAAAGAUACUAUUUCAUGGAGAAGGAGAUCAGGAGCCCGAGCUGGAGCCUGGUGAUGUCAUAAUUGUGCUUGAUCAGAAGGAUCAUAGUGUCUUUCAGAGACGAGGCCAUGACUUGAUCAUGAAAAUGAAAAUUCAGCUUUCUGAAGCCCUUUGUGGCUUCAAGAAGACGAUAAAAACACUGGAUGAUCGAGUCCUUGUUAUUACAUCUAAAUCAGGUGAGGUGAUAAAGCAUGGGGACCUGAAAUGUGUACGUAAUGAAGGAAUGCCGAUCUACAAAUCACCUCUGGAGAAAGGGAUUCUGAUCAUACAGUUUUUAGUUAUUUUUCCUGAAAAACACUGGCUUCCCCAAGACAAGCUUUCCCAGCUGGAAGCUCUGCUCCCACCUCGACAGAAAGUCAGGAUUACAGAGGACAUGGAUCAGGUGGAGCUGAAGGAAUUUAAUCCCAACGAGCAGAACUGGCGCCAGCACAGGGAGGCCUAUGAAGAGGACGAUGACGGGCCUCGGGCUGGAGUGCAGUGCCAGACGGCAUGACGCGGCCCCGUACAGCGUGGCCUGGCGGGACUAGCACAUCAUGAAUGUAAAGUUGGCACAAUGAAAAAUGGCAUCGCUUUAAUGGCCUCGUGUUUGGGGAGUCCUGUGUAUGUGUUCAGCAUUCUCAACUGCUGAGUGUCUUUUGGUUUUUCUUUUGUUUUUCUUUUGGUUGUAACUUAAGUUAUAGCUUAAUUUAUAUUUAAAUGUUUUAAGUGUAAAUCACUAGUCUGCAUAUGGAAUCUGUUUAUUUACAUUUUCAGGAUGUUUUUGAGAUGCCAGUGAACGCACUGACACUUUGUGCUUCUAGUGGCUUUGCCAUAAUUCAGUUCCACCAAUAAAGCACAGCCCAGACAGGAGCACUCAGCCCCCGAGCAAACCUCCAGGCGCGAAGUGGGUGACCUGGCCCAUGUCCAGCUCUGCAGUUUCUUCCCCUCCGCACCUGCCUCCCAAGGCAAAGUUACGGAGGGCAUGAUCUCAGGGCUGCUAAUGUGACAUUUCCAAAUCUAGAUUCUAGAUGGUUCUCCUCAAGAAUAAAAGCACAUCUGUGGGCUGGAUUUGGCUGCAGUGCCUGGCUCACACUGAGUGGGCUGCAGGGCCAACUUGGUUCCUACUGUUUUAUGCCCUUGAGUGUUUGGCGUGGGGUGGGUCUGAUCAUCUCUCUUGGAAGCUUCCUGAGCCUUCCAGGCCUUGUGCUGAGGACAAACAAGUGUUUUAAAUGAAACACUGAUGAUACUUUUGCCUGCGACCCCUGCACCUUGCCUUUUGUUUUCUGUUGACAGCGUUUGCAGUGCUGUUCCACCAAAGUGCUUACUUGUAAAGAAAAUGAAACCAUCCACAUCCCCAGCAGCCUUAGUGCAGCAACAGAAGCCGUGGGAGAUGCUGGUGACUCAGCCCCGUGGCACAGCCAGUUUUCCUGCCUGCCCAGUUAUCCUGGAUGACUUGAGGCUCUGGAAAGGCAGGGGACAUCUCAGUGUUUUCCACCUCUUUCUCCCAGAUUCAGCUCCCUUCCAAAGGAUGGAUGGUUCAUCUCCUUGCACAGCCAUAUCACAAAGGGCUUCCUGCUCAAGGGAUAAAGUUUCAGCGAGAACUUAAAAGUUCUACUCUGGACCGCAGUCUGUAUGGGCUACCACUGUAAAUGAUAACUUGUUUGGAAAGAUAUUAUUUACUUGUUUACUCCUGGCAGGUAGACUACAAUAUAAAUUUAGAUUCCUCAACCUUCAGCUAUUACUGCUCCUUUCCUUUGCAUAACAGUCACAAAGAAAAACUGCUGCCUUCUCAGCUGCUGGGUUAAAGCAGAGGCCACUUUUCAGAUCCACCCUUACUUAGUCAUACAGUACCUGCAAGUCUGACUCAGACCAGGGACCUCCCCAGGAGGGCCAAAGGGCAGAUCAGACCCACGGCAGGUAGGUUCAGCGGAUGGACCCCACUCUAGCAGAACACUGCUGGCUGGUGGGUGGACAUAAUUUACUCAAGAAAGGUACAGAAGGAGCCUGCCUGUCCCACUGUGACCAUUAGUCAGGAAAGAAAGAAAAUCUACUCUUCCAGCUAAGCCUGUAAGAAAAUCAGUUUACAAAUGGACCACAACUCCAGGGUGUUCUGUUUCUGUGCUAUGACUUCCUAAAUUAUUGCCAGAAAACUACUGUAGUUGAUGAUAAGGCAAAAUUGCAUUCAGCUCCUUGUCAUGUAAAUGGGAUCUGGAGGGUGUUGCUUAAAAUUUAUUCCACCUGUACAUUUGUCACUUUAAAAUUAAAACUGAGCUGGUAUGAGA